CAUUGUUAACCACCAGGGGAGAGGGGAUGGAGUCAUGUCCGAGUUGACGAUUCGCGAUGCAAGAAGAGAGGAUUCUGGACUUUUUAAAUGCAUUGCUUCAAACCGAUACGGUCGGGCCGAGUUGAAAAUCGAGCUCAUCGUGAAAGAACCUCCAGAUCCUCCAAAUGUCCAGUUGAUCAAAGUUCUAAGCAGGAGUGUUGUUGUGUCGUGGUCAUCUCCAUACGAAGGCAACAGUCCGAUCACUAACUAUGUUAUACAGAUAUACAAAGUGAACGGGAAACAAGAGAAACAAACACAGAUGAAAACUGUAACACGAGACAACAAAAAAAUCAGAAUCGAGCAUCUUAAGCCACGCGCAGCUUACAAGAUCCAGGUAACGGCUGAGAACGAGAUUGGACAGAGCCGUCCGAGUGACGUGUUGGACUUCGUUACCGACGGUGAAGCUCCCCAGGGACCACCUCGUGACGUGCACGUGUUACCCAAAGGUGCACAUUCUCUGCAGAUAUCAUGGAAGCCUCCAAGCCCUGGCAACAAUAGCAACAAUAUAACUGGAUAUUACGUCGGAUAUAAAGAAGUGGGAAAAGACGAUCCUUACGUCUUCAAAACUCUCCAGGUCACCCCCUCAUAUCAAGAAAACUGCACCUUAAACAACUUGAAGAAGUCUACAACUUACAGCAUAGUGGUCCAAGCCUUUAACGAUAAAGGGUCAGGACCACAAACAGAAGAUGUUAGAGCUCAAACCCUGCUUCAGGACUUUCCUCCGACCGCUCGCCUUCGUAUAAUCACAUCGACUGCUUCCUCCAUCCAGCUCUCUUGGAAACUAUACGGACACAAUAUGGAGGCGAUAGAAGGGUACCUCUUGUUCAUGAGACAAGGAGACAGUGGCUGGAAAGAAACUAAUCUGUCUGGAAGUAAGACCAGUCACGUUAUCAGCAAGCUUCGGUGUGGGACGAGCUAUGAGUUCUAUCUCGUUGCUUAUAACAGUGUGGGUAAGGCCGACCCAAGUCAGGUUGUCACUGGAGCGACUACUGGAAACGUUCCUCAAGCUCCUGAUCAAAAUACUGCUCUCGACAUAAACGAUUCGUCAGUAGUUAUCCGUUUGUCCGCUUGGAGAGCUAGAGGCUGCCCCAUUACUCAUUUCCUGGUAAAGUAUAGGACAGCUAACGAAGGAACGUGGAGACCAGUGUCGCUCCAUCUGUCGGCAGAUCGAGAAAACGUUGUUAUCAGUGGAUUAACUCCAGGCACUUCCUAUUCGGUUCUGGUUGGUGUUGAAAGUUCUGCUGGCUAUACAGAAGCCCAGUUCGAUUUCAUGACUAAAAAACGAAACUCAGACCUCUCCUCUACGUCAGCCGAUACCUCCACCCAAGACCUACAACGAACCGUGGCAGUGAUAACUUCCACAGUAUGUUCAGUUGUGGUGUUGAUCGUGAUUCUUGUAGCGGCAUGUACGGUGUUAAAUAGACGGAAGACUAGCCGAUCCGAAGCCUCGGUAGCAGGCUCAACAAAUCAAAGGCCAGAAAUCCCCAAAUCGGAUAUGGUUCCCAUGGCAGCAUGGGACAAGAGGACUCGACCGUCAAGUCAGCGUGAGCAGGUGUACGUUCCCAGUCCUUACGCAUCUGGUCGUUUCUCACAAUUCUCAGUAGAUGGCGACACUGAAGGCUGUGCUUUGCACGGAAGUGUUGGCACAGCUGGAAGCUCUGGUGAAUCCCAUUCGUACGAUGUCCCUUUGCAUUUGGUCCAUAGAUGACGUGUGUAUCGUCGACUGACAUUUCGUGACCUUUCAAGUCGUUUGUCUGUCUAAAGUUCACAAAGUAUUGUUACAGAAAUUGACUGUAUACGUCAAACAUCAUCCACCAAUCAUAAAAUAUACAGAAUCAACGUCACCAUAAGAUGAAAUCCAGCACAGCUUUUUGUUUCCUUCGUUGUAUAAUCUGUGGCACCCUGGCGGUCAGUUAAUGUCCACGUAUAUUGUGUUACGUGUGUGUUUAAUCGUUCAAAUGUUGAUAACUAGUAAAGUUGUAUAUACAUUAG